AUGCUAAUAUUCCUCUCUUUUCUCGGGUUGGUAAGGUCAGAAGAUUGGCCUACACCAUCUCCAUCAUGGAAUGUACCUGAUUAUCCUCCGGAGUGGCCAACGCAAUCACCAGAAUGGCCCCCAGAGCAAUACCCAAAACCUGAUUGGCCAACACCAACAGAAAAAUGGCCUGAUACUCCUAUUUAUCCACCAACUCCAAGCAAACAUCUUACAGCAUUUCAAAUUGCAAUGAUUGUCGUUGGAAGUACUGCUGGACUUGCAAUUAUUGUUAUUGCUGUUAUUCUUAUUAUAAGAAAGAGGCCUCAUAAGAAAUCUCCAGAAUAUCACAAUCCUAAUUUCUCAACUCCAACAGAUUCUUUAUUACAAAAUACGGACGAAUUAUAA